AUGAAUUCAUCUUAAUAUGGUGCAUUUGGUAUGAGUGGUAAUAAUUUCAAUUAAGCAAAACCACCUGUCAAUAAUUACAAUUUUGAAAAUGUUAGAGUAAAUCAUCAUUUUUAUGAGAUUAGGCAUAAUAACCUGCACCAGGUGGACCAUAACCUUCAAGAGGAAAACCUAUUGGUACAGCAGCCAGAUAACCUUAAGCAGAAGCUAGACCUAUGACAUCUAAUAGAGGAGCUAAUUUUGGGUAAAAGAAGGACCCAUUCAAUUCCACUCAGAAUCAAUUAAAUUUGAAUAAACCAAAACUUGAAACUAAUCCUGAAGAAUAAUUUAAAUCAAUAGAAAAAGAAAUCAAUACUCUUAUAGAAUAGAGUGCCAUGGCUAAAUUGAGGGGAAAUUUAUCAGAAUGUUUAGAAAAAGCCAAAGAAGCAUUCAAUAAGGAAAAAAAGUUAAGAUAAUCUAAGGAAGCAUAAAAUUUAGCUGAAUCAAUUAAUACUGAUCUUAGCUAUUGUGUAGCCUUAACUUAAGCAUGCGCUUUACAUGCUAAUGGAUUACAUCAAGAUGCUCUAUCUAAAUAUUAAGAAAUUAUAAAAUGUAAAUAAUACCCUCAAGCAGGCAGAUUAAGAGUAAAUAUGGGCAAUAUUUAUUUUGAAUAAAAGAAGUACCCUAAUGCAAUAAAGAUGUAUAAGAUGGCAUUAGAUUUAAUUCCUGCUACUUCUAAAGAAAUGAGAUUCAAAAUAUAAAAAAAUAUAGGUCAUGCUUAAGUGAGACUUGGAAAAGAGAAAAUUAAAGAAGCUAUAACAACUUAUGAAUAAAUCCUUAAAAAUUCACCUGAUUUUCCAACAGGAUUUAAUUUAAUGAUUUGUUUAUAUUUAAGUGGAAAUAAGAAUAAAAUGAAAGAUUAUUUUGUUACUUUACUUACAAUAGAAAUACCAGGAGAGAGUGAAGAAGAGAAUAAUGAAAAUAAGGGUACUACAAUUACAGAUAAAUUAAGAGAAGAUACUAAAGAAAGAAGAAGAGAAGCUAUUUAUUAUAUUGUAACAUCUGCAAAAUUGAUUGCUCCUUUAAUUGAAGAUGAUAUUAUUGUAGGAUAUGAAUGGAUUUUAGAAUAGUUAAAGAAUUCAACAUUUCCAGAAGCUGAAACUGAAAUUGAAAUAUGUAAAGCAAUGGCAUUUUUGAAAAAAAAGAAUAUUGAAAAAUCUAUUGAAACUUUGAAAGGAUUUGAAAAGAAAGAUAAAUAAAUUAUGGCAAGAAUAGCAACAAAUAUCUCAUUUUUGUAUUUCUUAGAAAAUGAUUAUAAACAGGCUGAAAAAUAUGCAGAAAUUGCAAUUACAUAUGAUAGAUAUAAUGCUAAAGCUUUAGUAAAUAGAGGUAAUUGUCUUUAUGUUAAAAAUGAAUUUUUAAGAGCCAAAGAAUAAUAUUUAGAAGCUAUUGGUGUAGAAGCUGAUUGUAUUGAAGCACUCUACAAUUUGGCAUAUGUUAAUAGGAAAUUGAAUAUGUUUGUUGAAUCUCUAUAAGCAUUAGAUAAACUUUAAACUAUUGUUUGUAUUCCUGAAGUUUUAUUUCAAAUGGCUACAUUAUAUGAAAUGACUGGUAAUUCUAAAUAAGCUAUGAAAUGGUAUUUGGAAGUAUUGAAUAAAGUACCAAAUGAUCCCAAUAUCUUGGCUAGACUUGGAUCCUUAUUUGCAAGGGUAUAGAAAAUAAUAAAUAAUUUAUUAGGAAGAUGAUGAACCUUAGGCUUUGCAUUAUUUCUAAGAAUCAUAUAGAAUUCUACCUACUAACAUAGAAACAAUUUCAUGGUUAGGAGUGUAUUAUGUGAAAUAGGAAAUGUAUGAAAAGGCUAGUUUAUAUUUCGAAAGAGCUGCAUAAGUUUAAUCAAGAGAUGUUAAAUGGAAAUUGAUGGUUGCUAGUUGUUAUAGAAGAAUGGGACAUUUCUAAAAAGCUUUAGGGAAUUACUAAAAGAUAUAUUCAGAUUAUCCUGAUAAUAUUGAAUGUAUUAAUUUAUAUUUAUUUAUUUAGGUCUCAGAUUUNAAUAAUACCCUCAAGCAGGCAGAUUAAGAGUAAAUAUGGGCAAUAUUUAUUUUGAAUAAAAGAAGUACCCUAAUGCAAUAAAGAUGUAUAAGAUGGCAUUAGAUUUAAUUCCUGCUACUUCUAAAGAAAUGAGAUUCAAAAUAUAAAAAAAUAUAGGUCAUGCUUAAGUGAGACUUGGAAAAGAGAAAAUUAAAGAAGCUAUAACAACUUAUGAAUAAAUCCUUAAAAAUUCACCUGAUUUUCCAACAGGAUUUAAUUUAAUGAUUUGUUUAUAUUUAAGUGGAAAUAAGAAUAAAAUGAAAGAUUAUUUUGUUACUUUACUUACAAUAGAAAUACCAGGAGAGAGUGAAGAAGAGAAUAAUGAAAAUAAGGGUACUACAAUUACAGAUAAAUUAAGAGAAGAUACUAAAGAAAGAAGAAGAGAAGCUAUUUAUUAUAUUGUAACAUCUGCAAAAUUGAUUGCUCCUUUAAUUGAAGAUGAUAUUAUUGUAGGAUAUGAAUGGAUUUUAGAAUAGUUAAAGAAUUCAACAUUUCCAGAAGCUGAAACUGAAAUUGAAAUAUGUAAAGCAAUGGCAUUUUUGAAAAAAAAGAAUAUUGAAAAAUCUAUUGAAACUUUGAAAGGAUUUGAAAAGAAAGAUAAAUAAAUUAUGGCAAGAAUAGCAACAAAUAUCUCAUUUUUGUAUUUCUUAGAAAAUGAUUAUAAACAGGCUGAAAAAUAUGCAGAAAUUGCAAUUACAUAUGAUAGAUAUAAUGCUAAAGCUUUAGUAAAUAGAGGUAAUUGUCUUUAUGUUAAAAAUGAAUUCUUAAGAGCCAAAGAAUAAUAUUUAGAAGCUAUUGGUGUAGAAGCUGAUUGUAUUGAAGCACUCUACAAUUUGGCAUAUGUUAAUAGGAAAUUGAAUAUGUUUGUUGAAUCUCUAUAAGCAUUAGAUAAACUUUAAACUAUUGUUUGUAUUCCUGAAGUAUUGUAUCAAAUGGCUACAUUAUAUGAAAUGACUGGUAAUUCUAAAUAAGCUAUGAAAUGGUAUUUGGAAGUAAUGAAUAAAGUACCAAAUGAUCCCAAUAUAUUGGCUAGACUUGGUUCUUUAUUUGCUAGGGUAUAGAAAAUAAUAAAUAAUUUAUUAGGAAGAUGAUGAACCUUAGGCUUUGCAUUAUUUUUAAGAAUCAUAUAGAAUUCUACCUACUAACAUAGAAACAAUUUCAUGGUUAGGAGUGUAUUAUGUGAAAUAGGAAAUGUAUGAAAAGGCUAGUUUAUAUUUCGAAAGAGCUGCAUAAGUUUAAUCAAGAGAUGUUAAAUGGAAAUUGAUGGUUGCUAGUUGUUAUAGAAGAAUGGGACAUUUCUAAAAAGCUUUAGGGAAUUACUAAAAGAUAUAUUCAGAUUAUCCUGAUAAUAUUGAAUGUAUUAAUUUAUAUUUAUUUAUUUAGGUCUCAGAUUUNAGUACCCUAAUGCAAUAAAGAUGUAUAAGAUGGCAUUAGAUUUAAUUCCUGCUACUUCUAAAGAAAUGAGAUUCAAAAUAUAAAAAAAUAUAGGUCAUGCUUAAGUGAGACUUGGAAAAGAGAAAAUUAAAGAAGCUAUAACAACUUAUGAAUAAAUCCUUAAAAAUUCACCUGAUUUUCCAACAGGAUUUAAUUUAAUGAUUUGUUUAUAUUUAAGUGGAAAUAAGAAUAAAAUGAAAGAUUAUUUUGUUACUUUACUUACAAUAGAAAUACCAGGAGAGAGUGAAGAAGAGAAUAAUGAAAAUAAGGGUACUACAAUUACAGAUAAAUUAAGAGAAGAUACUAAAGAAAGAAGAAGAGAAGCUAUUUAUUAUAUUGUAACAUCUGCAAAAUUGAUUGCUCCUUUAAUUGAAGAUGAUAUUAUUGUAGGAUAUGAAUGGAUUUUAGAAUAGUUAAAGAAUUCAACAUUUCCAGAAGCUGAAACUGAAAUUGAAAUAUGUAAAGCAAUGGCAUUUUUGAAAAAAAAGAAUAUUGAAAAAUCUAUUGAAACUUUGAAAGGAUUUGAAAAGAAAGAUAAAUAAAUUAUGGCAAGAAUAGCAACAAAUAUCUCAUUUUUGUAUUUCUUAGAAAAUGAUUAUAAACAGGCUGAAAAAUAUGCAGAAAUUGCAAUUACAUAUGAUAGAUAUAAUGCUAAAGCUUUAGUAAAUAGAGGUAAUUGUCUUUAUGUUAAAAAUGAAUUCUUAAGAGCCAAAGAAUAAUAUUUAGAAGCUAUUGGUGUAGAAGCUGAUUGUAUUGAAGCACUCUACAAUUUGGCAUAUGUUAAUAGAAAAUUGAAUAUGUUUGUUGAAUCUCUAUAAGCAUUAGAUAAACUUUAAACUAUUGUUUGUAUUCCUGAAGUAUUGUAUCAAAUGGCUACAUUAUAUGAAAUGACUGGUAAUUCUAAAUAAGCUAUGAAAUGGUAUUUGGAAGUAAUGAAUAAAGUACCAAAUGAUCCCAAUAUAUUGGCUAGACUUGGUUCUUUAUUUGCUAGGGUAUAGAAAAUAAUAAAUAAUUUAUUAGGAAGAUGAUGAACCUUAGGCUUUGCAUUAUUUUUAAGAAUCAUAUAGAAUUCUACCUACUAACAUAGAAACAAUUUCAUGGUUAGGAGUGUAUUAUGUGAAAUAGGAAAUGUAUGAAAAGGCUAGUUUAUAUUUCGAAAGAGCUGCAUAAGUUUAAUCAAGAGAUGUUAAAUGGAAAUUGAUGGUUGCUAGUUGUUAUAGAAGAAUGGGACAUUUCUAAAAAGCUUUAGGGAAUUACUAAAAGAUAUAUUCAGAUUAUCCUGAUAAUAUUGAAUGUAUUAAUUUAUAUUUAUUUAUUUAGGUCUCAGAUUUUUGGUUUAGUUAUGUAGAGAAAUGGGAUUACCAUAUGAAGAAUAUGCUGGAUAAUUGAGAAAAUUAGAGAGAGAAAUGGAAAUGAUGGAUGGAUAUUAAGGUUAAGAUAUUAAUUUAAUUAAUAAUGAAGAGGAAUAGGUUAGAUUACCAUAAGGAGAUGAUAAUCCAGUUAGUUUUACAAAUAAUACUAGGUAAUUAUUAAUUCAUAUUAUUAUUAUAGACGUGGGAAUAAACAGCCACCUCCUAAAGCAAAUGUUAGAUAAAAUAUUGAUGAUGAAUAAUUCUAAGAUGGGGUAGAAGAUAACUUUUUGCCUUGA